AUGUCUCCGACAGCGAGCAAGAGUCCUAGUCCACCGCACGACGCGACGCCCGAGCCGAAUACUGCGGCCGCCGCCGAUGCCUCCACUUCUGCUGAACCUAAAGCUUCGGUCUCUACCCCUGCUUCUCCUUCUGCUCAGCCGUCGACAUCCGCAAAGCAUGCUGAUGACGACUCGGCCGAACCUGAGGUCGAUUCCUCAGCUGAUGCUGUGAAAGAUGGUGCCGACGCAGAGAGCUCGUCAACGCCGACGGCGACAGCAUCUGCAGACACCUGGCAGGCGAUCUGGUCUCCUCAGUACAAUGCCUACUAUUUCUUUAACUCUCUCACGCAACAGACGACAUGGGAGAACCCUCUUCAACCGACGACCAACGACCCAGCCGCUGAAGCCUCUACCUCUACCUCCGCCUCCGCCGACCCUUCCACUUCCGCAUCUCCUGCCCCCGACGCCACAUCCACAUCCCCUUCCGCCGCCGACGCCACACCGGCCUCCCUCGCGCAGAUGUACGCGCUUCAAGAAGCGGCAGCCGCGCAAGGUAUCGACCCCUCACUCGCGUAUCUCGACCCAUCAUUGGCUGGUCCCUCUGGAGCGUCGGGAGCAGGCUACUAUCAUACUGCGAAGUUCAACGCUCGAACGGGCGCUUUUGCGCGGCCUGACGCCCGGGAUCCCGGGCAUUUGUCGGAGUUUGAGAGAGCGAAGAGGAUGAGUGAGGUUUAUUUUGAUGUGGGGGCGUGGGAGAAGGAGGUUGAGGCGAGGAAGCAGGAGGAGGCGGCAGAGGAGGAGGCGGGUAAGAAGAGGAAGAGACCGAGUAAGAAGGAUGUGGAGCGAUUCAAAGAACAGAAGAAACAGAAGAAGAUUGCGAAGACGGCUUGGUUGCGUAACUAGUCGAGACUAUAUUCCCCCGCUUGCUGUUCUUCUUGGAACGUACCAGACAAUCAGCUAUGUUUA